AUGGAGCCCUCUGGGUGCGGGUCCACGGCUCUGGAGCGCUUACCUUUCAACAACACCGCGUUGAAAAAGCUGCCGGUGGAUGACUCCCAGGAGCCCGGGUCCCGGACGGUCCCAGCGGCGUGUUUCUCCAGAAUUCGGGCUCUACAGCCCCUGUUACGCCCGGCGUUAGUGUCCCAGUCGCAAUCGGCGCUGGCUCUGCUCGGCCUCAGUGUGCAGGAUGUGUUGGCUGAUCCUCGGGCUCCGGAGUACCUGAGCGGCUCCAGGCUGCUGCCGGGCUCCGAGCCGGCUGCUCACUGUUACAGCGGACACCAGUUCGGCCUGUUCGCGGGACAGCUGGGGGAUGGAGCGGUCAUGUACCUGGGGGAGGUAGAGUCGGUCACCCAAGGGCGAUGGGAGAUCCAGGUGAAAGGCGCAGGAGUCACACCUUACUCCAGAGAUGGCGAUGGCAGAAAGGUGCUUCGCUCCAGCAUCAGAGAGUUCCUGUGCAGCGAGGCCAUGGCUGCCUUGGGGAUACCCAGCAUCCGUGCAGCUUCCCUGGUGACCUCUGACCUCUAUGUCAGCAGAGACCCACUCAACAGCGGCGGCCGCAUUCCUGAGCGAUGCUCUGUUGUCCUGCGUCUCGCCCCUUCCUUCCUCAGAUUUGGAUCUUUUGAGAUUUUUCUGGGCCGGGAUGAUUUCUCAGGUCUGCAGGGUCCCAGUGCAGGGCGGCAUGACAUUCGCGCUCAGAUGCUGGAUUAUGUCAUUGAGAGUUUUUAUCCUCACAUCCAGCUGGCUUAUAGAAACCGGAAAGACAGGAAUAUGGCUUUUUUCAGAGAGGUUAUGAUGCUCACAGCAAAGCUAGUGGCGCAGUGGCAGUGUGUUGGUUUUUGCCAUGGCGUCCUUAACACAGACAACAUGAGCAUCUUGGGUCUUACUCUGGAUUAUGGUCCCUUUGGGUUCAUGGACAGAUUUGAUCCAGAUUUCGUUUGCAACUCUUCUGACAAAAGAGGCCGCUACUCAUACCAAGCCCAGCCGUCUGUGUGCCGCUGGAACCUGGCUCGCCUGGCAGAGGCGCUGGGCUCUGAGCUGGAUGCAGCUGAAGCGGGGGCUGUCCUGGAUGAAUUCUCAACAGCAUAUGAAGCCUUCUACCUGGGUAUCAUGAGAAAAAAACUGGGCCUUGUGAGAAAAGAGGAGGCAGAAGACAGCGAGCUCGUAUCAGACCUGCUGCGCCUCAUGCACAACACUGGUGCAGAUUUCACCAACACCUUCCGUCUGCUGAGCCAUGUCCCCUGGCCUGAGGAGGGCGACAUUGAAGGGGCCACACUGGGACCAGUAGUGGACCUCAUCCUAGAGCAGUGUGCCUCUCUUGAGGAGCUUAAGCAUUUUGGGGAAAAAGCUUACCAAGACAAUAUUGAAUUGGCGAUGAUUAUAUCCAUGGCACAAACCAACCCAGUCAUGUUUGGAAUGGUGGCAGACACACCAGCUGUGUCCCAGCAGCUAGAACGGAUGGGGCGGCUAAAGGAGCUGCUGGAGACAGAUCAGGAGGAGCUGAAAAAAAAGCAGUGUGAUGACUGGAUACACUGGGUUAGCAGAUACAGACGACGUUUAGCAAGGGAGUGCGACGCCCCAAGUGACUUGUCUCUCAUCAAAAAAGAGAGGCUCAGUGUGAUGAACAGCACCAACCCCCAGGUCGUCCUACGCAACUACAUCGCCCAGAAUGCAAUUCAAUCAGCAGAAGGGGACUUCUCUGAGGUCAACAGAGUCCUCAGAGUUCUGGAGAAACCAUAUUCUGAUAUAUCUAGACAGGAGCCUUUAGAUGGACUUGAUGAAUGUGAUGAAAAGCAGCAGAACAGGAGAGAACUUGCCUACAACAGGAAACCUCCUGCCUGGGCACAAAGCAUUUGCAUCACCUGA